AUGUUUCCGCGAGUCCACACCCGCGCCAGCGCCAUGGCUAUGGCGGGCGUGGCUCAGCGAGGCCACAUUGGCCACUUCCUUCACGGCGUCGCGAGUGGAGACCCGCUGGCAGAUGCCAUCGUGCUCUGGACCCGCUUCACGCCCAUGAGGCCGGCUGAGGACGAGAAGGCUUACAAGGUGCGGUGGCUUCUCUGGGUCUCUCCCGGCCCACCCCAACCCGGUCACGAGCUCACGGGAGAGGCAGCUGCAGCUGAGGAGUUUGACUUCACUGUGAAGGUGGACGUAUCCGGACUGCAGCCAGGAAGUCUUUAUGCCUAUCGUUUCGAGUGUGGGCAAGCCAAGUCACCACAGGGCGAGUUCCGGCUGCCGCUGCCUCCCUCGCAGCCCAUGGCCCGGCUGAGCUACGCCGUCUUCAGCUGUGCCAACCGGGGCUUCGGCAACUUCCGUGCCUACGCCGCCGCUGUGGACCGCAGCAGAGAGCUGCAGGCACCUUUGGACUUCUGGCUGCACCUGGGAGACUACAUCUACGAGUACGGAGACACGCGCUACCCGGAGCCCUCGGAGACGGUCCUUCCAGGACUGCAACCCAGCGAAGAGCUGGUGAACUUGCAGCAGUACCGGCAGCGCCACGCGCACUACCGCCUCGAUCCCGACCUGCAACUCCUGUCAGCCAGCGCGCCGAUGAUCAGCAUCUGGGACGACCACGAAGUCGCCAAUGACGACUUCAAAGACGGUGCUGAGAACCACCGAAGCGAGACACAGGGAGCCUUUGAGGCACGGAAGCUUGCAGCCCUUCGCGCUUAUCAUGAAUGGUUGCCGACCCGUGUGGACUUCGACCUCAGGAACACCUCCGCUGCGCCCUGGAUGCGUUGGCGGCGCUUCGACUUUGGGAGUCUGGCGACGCUGCUGAUGCUGGAGACGAGGCUGCUGGCCAGGAGCAAGCAGGCCCGGACGGAGCAGAGCGUUCGGGCGGAGAUCGCCGCCGUGCUGAACGGGGCCUGGGCCCUGUCCCCGAGUGCCUGGCCAGGCGGUCGGAUCGAGAAGAAGAUGCGCAAAGUCCAGUCAACGGUGGAGGCUGACCGGGAUGACCCAAAGAAGAGGAUGCUUGGAGACAGCCAGCUGGCGUGGAUUUCGCAGCAGGCAGCCAGCGAGGGCAAGCCGGGCAAGUGGCUGCUGAUCGGCCAGCCGCAGGUGGUGCAGGAGCUGAUGAGCCCCAACUUCCUGAGCCUGACGAGCCGAGGAAAUUCUCCGCACUCCGAUCCGCGGUCCGAGUCCGAGCGCUGGGCGGAGAUCGUGACGAACCUGACAAAGCGCGGUGCGCUGUAUCGGAACUACACCGACGACGAGGGAGAGGCUGACUUCGUGUCUUCGGAGCUGCGCAAGGCCUUCUUGGUGGACCUGGCAGCUGGCCGAUUUCGAAUCCAGCUGAACUUCGACAGCUGGACGGGCUAUGUUGCUGAGCGACGGAAGUUGUUGCAGUCCCUCCGUGGCCCGGCGCCAGCCAUCAUCUACGGUGGGGACUCGCAUAAUGGAUGGGCAGGCAUCCUUCGGGACAGCGGCCCGGACCGCGACGCUGUGGCCGUAGAGUUCGACGGCAUGUCCGUCACGAGCCCUGGCCUGGAGUCCCAGCGUCCUUUUUUGCCCCCUGGCCUUGAAGCAGCUGCUUGGCAAGCAGCCAAUCCCGACCUUGCGUGGGCAGACACGUCCCGGCGCGGCUUUAUGCUCGUGCAGCUCGGUUUGGACAACCACCGACUCGAGUACAUCGCCGUGGAUGUUUCGACCCCAAGCAGAGGCACCAAUGAGGGCACCGACAGCUGCCUCGCUGGAUUUGAUGUUGGGCGCGACCUGCGCCUUUCGGGGCCAAAAUCCUGCAGGACGGCGGGGGCAUCGUCUGCGUCGCUCGCUUCUGGGAGCAUAGAGCCGUCCAUGCCGUCCUGGCGCUUGCUGGCGCCACUCGUGCUGCUCGCAUUGCUGGCGGCGUUCUUGGGCUUUCUCCUGGGGCGCGCGACAGGCUCGAGCUCGAGCUCUCGGCCAAAAAGUCGCGGCUACAAGCGGCCCUCGGAAGUGGAGGCAGCGGAGGCAGAGGCAGACGGCCUUCAAGCUGCGCCAGUGGGGCGCUCACAGAGAGACGGCAUAUGA